CCUUUCACCAACUUCUCUGGAUGUCAGCGAUCAGUUUAGGCUCGAAGGCUCCGUGGUGCAGAAGACCCUGCUCUCCACGCAUGGUGUCUGCAGUGACAGUGCCCUGCUCUGCUCAGGAACCGGACGCACUGCAGAAGGGCCCUGGUGGAAUCCGGUGACUGCAGCCAGGCGCGACCCCAGCCCUGAGGCCCACGCUGCCUCCACUACGCGGGCUCGGGGGCUCCCACCCCGAGGCGGGCACUGUGCUUGGCUGCUGUUCAGUCGGCGCUGGCCCCCCUCCCUCCCCCAGUCCCUGGAGGCUCCGUGGCUGCCGGAGCAGGAGGUGGAGCCCAGCCCUCGGCCGACUGGUAGGAGGGAAAGUUCGGCAGCAGCGGCGGGAGUAGCUUAGCAGCGGGAGCCCCGCCCGGCUGUCUGCAGGGCUGCCUGGGGUCCCUUGACCACGAAUGGCAGAUUGAAGAGUUGUCAUGUGAGAAACUUUAGACAAUUGUUUCUGUGGCUGGAAUCCUCAAAUCUUCCACUUCAUUGCCUCUGGAGCAUAACCAGUGGUGGCGCUGAGCUGAACGCGGUGCGAGCAGAAGGGGGCGGUACUUUCCGUCUGGACCCUGACUUGGAAGCCAAGUGCGACUCCAGGGCAGUCACCACCAGAAGCAGAUGUGCGAUCCAUCGGAGCAGCUGUGUGCCUUUCUUUCUGCGGAGACUCUUUUCCAUUACAAGAAGAGAAGCCAAGAUCGUUUUUAGCCACUGAAGGACUUAUGUAGCACUUAUUCUUACAGGAACGGCAGAGUUUAGUAGAGAUUGGAUGGUCCCAGGCUUCUGACCUAAGUAAAGAUGGAGGACAUGUGGAUGUUGACAUAACCCACGGGAUGGCUGUGGAGUCCUUCGACGAUCUGAUGGGAGGGUCCCAGCGCCUCUGGUGUGGAGAAGGUGAUGGGAUGCAGAAUGAAAGUAUGGAGGUGGGAGAGGUCCGCAGCCAUGACCCCAGAAGCAGCCGCAAUAGCACCGAGAUGUCAUCAGCUUGACUAACUGAUUCGAAGCAGUGCCGAUGGGAUUCUAGAUGGAAGAUAGCCAAGAGAACAGGAAGAGAAUGAGGGAAGAUUCCUCUCCUGGUUGGAGCAGGGCUGUGGGUAGUAUCUUCCUUUCCUGAGAUGGGACAGACUGAGGAAAGAGAAGUCUUGGAAAAGAAAACUAAGAGGUUAUUUGUAGGUUUCCCCUCAUCUCCAGUGCAUCAGGAAGGCUAUGAUGGGAACACAUGAAAGAACUUGGAGGUCCCAUUUAACUGGUUGUUUCUGCCUAGAAGAUCUUCCCUUGGAAGCAGGACAGCGGUCCUGUGUAAUGGUUGACCUCCAAAGGCAGGCCGCAUUCUAGAAGGAAAUGGAUAAAAUUGGUCCAGGGGACUUCAGAGGCAUUGUGGUCUAAUCAGGAAAGCCCUUGUGUGGGGCCUUCCCAUUGCCCUGGGAUGCUGCACACGCUGGACGCAUGGCCUGCACCUGAGUGAGGAUGGUCCGUCGUGGGCUGCUGGGGUGGAUUUCUCGGGUAGUAAUUCUGCUGGUGCUGCUCUGCUGUGCCAUCUCUGUCCUCUACAUGUUAGCCUGCACCCCAAAAGGCGACCAGGAGCAGUUGGGACUGCCACGGGCCAAUGGUCCCACAGGCAAAGAUGGCUACCAAGCAGUGCUGCAAGAGCGUGAGGAACAGCAUCGCAACUAUGUGAAUAGCCUUAAGCGACAGAUCGCACAGCUCAAGGAUGAACUGCAGGCACGCAGUGAGCAGCUCCGCAAAGGGCAGGACCAGGCCAGUGAUGCCACCGGCCUGCGCUCAGGCUGGGAUCCUGCACCCAAAGCCCAAGCCGAUCUGCUGGCCUUCUUGCGCAGUCAGGUGGACAAGGCCGAGGUCCAUACAGGUGUCAAGCUGGCCACCGAGUAUGCUGCUGUGCCUUUUGAUAGCUUCACCCUGCAGAAAGUGUACCAGCUGGAAACCGGCCUGACCCGCCACCCUGAGGAGAAGCCGGUGAGGAAGGACAAGCGCGAUGAGCUGGUGGAAGCUGUCGAAUCGGCCCUAGAGAGUCUGAACAGCCCUGUGGAGAGCAGCCCACACCAGCGUCCUUACACGGCUGCGGACUUCAUAGAAGGGAUCUACCGGACAGAAAGGGAUAAAGGCACUUUGUAUGAGCUCACCUUCAAAGGGGACCACAAACAUGAAUUCCAACGACUAGUCCUAUUUCGACCAUUUGGCCCCAUCAUGAAAGUGAAAAAGGAGAAACUCAACAUGGCUUCCACGCUUAUCAACGUUAUCGUGCCCCUAGCGAGAAGGGUGGACAAGUUCCGGCACUUCAUGCAGAACUUCAGGGAGAUGUGUAUCCAACAGGAUGGGAGAGUUCACCUCACCGUUGUGUACUUUGGGAAAGAAGAAAUGAAUGAAGUCAAAGGAAUACUUGAAAACACUUCCAAAGCUGCCAACUUCAGGAACUUCACCUUCAUCCAGCUGAAUGGAGAAUUUUCCCGGGGGAAGGGACUGGACGUCGGAGCCCGCUUCUGGAAGGGAAGCAAUGUCCUGCUCUUUUUCUGUGACGUGGACAUCUACUUCACCUCCGAGUUCCUCAACACGUGCAGGCUGAACACACAGCCAGGGAAGAAGGUAUUUUAUCCGGUUCUUUUCAGCCAGUAUAACCCUGGCAUAAUCUACGGUCAUCAGGAUGCAGUCCCACCCCUGGAGCAGCAGCUGGUUAUAAAGAAGGAGACUGGAUUUUGGAGGGACUUUGGAUUUGGGAUGACUUGUCAGUACCGGUCAGACUUCAUCAACAUAGGUGGAUUUGACCUGGACAUCAAAGGCUGGGGUGGUGAAGAUGUACACCUGUACCGGAAGUAUCUCCACAGCAACCUCAUAGUGGUACGCACACCUGUGCGGGGACUUUUCCACCUUUGGCAUGAGAAGCGCUGUAUGGAUGAACUGACCCCUGAGCAGUACAAGAUGUGCAUGCAAUCCAAGGCCAUGAAUGAGGCAUCCCACGGGCAGCUGGGGAUGCUUGUCUUCCGGCAUGAAAUAGAGGCUCACCUUCGCAAACAGAAGCAGAAAGCGGGCAGUAAAAAGACAUGAUCUCCCAGGCACAGAUCAGCGAAGACUUCCAGUUGUUUGCCGUUGGCUGUUCUGAAAAAGUAGAUGCAAUAAGGUAUAGACUUCCACAAAGGGUGACCAAGAAUCUGAUGAGGAGGAGAGAUGGAAGUAGAGAGUCUCCGGUUUCUGUUGGCCCUGUGUAGGGUGACAGUGACUGUGUUUACAGCAAAAUGAUCCCUCUGUCCCUGCUCACCGAAAUAGUCACAGCCUCAGACAAGUUCUGUAGAAAGUUCACUAGAAGAGAUGCGUGCAUCUGGCUUCUCUUCUUAGGAAUGAUUACAUCAGAGGGCCUUGGUAUCCAGGACUACCCACAUCUCAGAAGGAGCAAAGGACCUGUGAGAAGUGCAGAGAUCCGACAGGAGCACCCUCCAGGGGACAAUGAGCAAAAUCAAAGAGACCUGGAAACAAACUGUCAACACUGUCAUCCCCCCAAUAUUAACCAAAAAAUAACCCUCUCGUUUCAGUUAUCUUUAGUCACUAUUCUAAAAAUGCACUUUUUGUUUUGCUUGUAUCGUGCUUAUUUAAUUACCUAUUGGCAAGCCUUGGUAGGAGCACAUUGUAGUAUAUACACUUGUACGAUUUCUAAGAUUUGUUUUUAUUUUUUGUUGUUUUUGUUGGUAUGUUUAUUUGAGACGGUCUGGACACAGAGCCUGAACUAACUUUGAAAUCAUGGUCCUCCUGCCUCAGCAGCCCGAGUGCUGAAAUUACAGGUGUGCACCACCACCACUGGCAAGGAGGCGUGUGAGAGAACCUUCAGGUGCCAACAUCUGGGCGCAAAUCUGAGGAUGUGCCAAACUCAAAGAUAAGGCAAUGUGUGGAGCUGCCGAGAGAAUGGUAUAUUGAAACUGUCUACGACUAUCCGAAGAGGAACAAUCAAACACUACAGAAAGGAAAAGACACUGUCAUCUCCACCAUCAAGGAACACUAAGACCUUGGUAUGUUUCCUAGAGAACAUGCCUUCUCCUCAGGAGAAAUGGGGACCACUUUCUUACCUGUUUGAAUAAACCAAAGUUAUGAACCAAACUAUCGCUUUUCAAAGCAGGGUGCUCUUCCUGGUCUCUGGCUUCCAUAAGAAGAAAAUGCAGAAAAAAAUAUAUACAUAUAUUUUGUGAAAGACCAGUCCAUCAACCCAGCGAGAUGGGAAAUUUUGCUACAUUUUCACUCACUCCUGGCCAUGUGGAAACAACUUAUUUUUAAAAUAAGCAAUGUUGCUUGGUUGCCAAGACACUUCUGAAGCUCGCAUUUUCUUACAACUUCAAACUCUUUUUUAAAAAAAUAAAUAUGGUUACCAUCGAGUGGUUUCUACAUCUAUGUGCAAAUUAUUUAUUUAUUAGCCAGCACCAGAUGCAUGAGCUAAUUACCUCCUCUGUCUCCGUGCCUUCUGUUUGCCCACAGUGAAUUCAUUGUUUAAACGCUUCAAGAACACUCAAGCUGUGUGUUUAAAAAAAAAAGCAUUGUAUUGAUUUGUACUGGUAGUUUAUAAAGUUUAAUUAAAACAUGAGACAUAAAUGAAAGGUGGCAUUGCACAGCUAA